GCCCCGCCUCCCGGCAGCCUGGGAAACUUGGCGCUGCAGGAGUACGAGCUGCCCGGAGGGCCAGUCCACGCCGGACUCCUGGCUCCAGGCCGGAAAGGUUCUGGCUGAUCAAAGGUCGAUGUUUCCCCCGCCUCCUGGCCGGGAAGGAUAAAUACGCGCGGCGGAGGCACAGCAGUACAGGCUGGGGGUCGUGUCUGCGGACCCCGUCCUUGGGCCCCGCCGGCGCUAUGUGGCUUUCGCUGCUGCUGCUGCUGCUGCUGGUUGUGCCGCUGUUGGCGGUCCUCUGCAAAGGGCACCUGCGGCCGUUCGCAGGCAGCUCCCCGAACCCCUUCUCCGAAGACGUCAGGCGGCCCUCCGCGCCGCUGGUGACCGACAAAGAGGCCAGGAAAAAGGUUCUCAAGCAAGCUUUCUCAGUCAGCCGAGUGCCAAAGAAGCUGGAUGCAGUGGUGAUCGGCAGUGGCUUUGGGGGCCUGGCUGCAGCUGCGAUUCUAGCCAAAGCUGGCAAGCGAGUUCUGGUACUGGAACAACAUACCAAGGCAGGAGGCUGUUGUCAUACUUUUGGAAAGAAUGGCCUGGAAUUUGACACAGGAAUCCAUUAUGUCGGGCACAUGCAAGAGGGCAAGAGUAGCCGUCUUAUCCUGGACCAGAUCACUGAGGGGCAGCUGGAAUGGGUCGCCUUGUCUUCUCCGUUUGACAUCAUGGUACUAGAAGGAACCAACGGCCGAAAAGAGUUCCCCAUGUACAGUGGGAAGAAAGCUUACAUUCAGGGCCUCAAGGAGAAGUUUCCCCAGGAGGAAGCUGCCAUUGACAAAUAUAUAAAGCUGGUUAAGGCUGUGUCCCACAGAGUCGUCCUGGCCAUCUUGUUGAAGACCCUCCCGUUGCGCAUAGCUCAGCUCCUCAGCAAGUGGGGGCUGCUCACCCAUUUCUCUGCCUUUCUUCGUGCUUCCACCCAGAGCCUGGAUGAGGUCCUGCGGCAGCUGCCGGCCUCCCCGGAGCUCCGGGCGGUGCUCAGCUACAUCUUCCCCACUUACGGUGUCACUGUGAAGAAGGGUCAGGAGCUGGUGAACAUCUAUUGCCCCAUCGUGAUCUCUGACGCAGGACUCUUCAAUACCUACAAGUACCUACUGCCAGAGAAUGCCCGCUGUCUGCCAGGCGUGAGGCAGCAGCUGGAGAUGGUGCGGCCUGGCUUGAGCACCUUCUGUGUUUUCAUCGGCCUACGAGGCACCAAGGAGGACUUGGGGCUGCAGUCCACCAACUACUUUGUGUAUUUUGACACAGACUUCGACAAGGCGAUGGAGCACUACAUCUCGAUGCCCAGGGAAAAGGCUGCAGAGCACUUGCCCAUCCUCUUCAUUGCCUCCUCCUCAGCCAAGGAUCCCACUUGGGAGGACCGGUUCCCAGACCGGUCCACGAUGAUCGUACUGGUGCCCACCUGCUAUGAGUGGUUUGAAGAGUGGCAGGAGAAGGCAGAGGGAAAGCGGAACAGCGACUAUGAGACACUCAAAAACUCCUUUGUUGAAGCCUCUCUGUCGGUUGUCAUGAGACUGUUCCCACAGCUGGAGGGGAAGGUGGAGAGUGUGGUUGGAGGGUCCCCGCUGACCUACCAGUUCUAUCUGGCUGCUCCCUGGGGUGCCUGCUAUGGGGCCAGCCAUGACCUGGACCGCCUACAUCCUCAUGUGAUGACCUCCAUGAGGGCCCAAAGCCCCAUUCCCAACCUCUACUUGACAGGCCAGGAUGUCUUCACCUGUGGGUUGGUGGGGGCCUUGCAAGGGGCCCUACUAUGCAGCAGCACCAUCCUGAAGCGGAACUUGUACCUAGACCUUAAGAAUCUCAACUCAAGGAUCCAGGCUCAGAAGAAUUAGUCCAGAGUGGAGUCUGAGGAAUUUGGCUGGUGCUAUGGCACAGCCCUGGACUUAGCCAUAAUGGCUUCCUGUACUCGUUCUUUCCUCGCAUAAGGCACUCUAAUCUGUUUUUGAUUUCUGAAGAGGUCUGACACACAGGUCACAAUUCUUCAAUCACAGUUCUCAAGUUGCACCUCUUCCAGCUGGGCAGGUGAUUGCUCAGAGCUAACACUGCUAUCCCUGGUAAAAGGCCCGGGGUAGCCCAGUGACUUGGGCAGCCUGUUUGGUCAAGCAGUGCUUUGCACACUGCGCUCCCAUCGCCUCCCAACCCAGAAGAGUCCAACUGAAUAUUCUUUUGGUCAGGUGGACAGAACCCUCCGUAGUCUUGGUCAGCUGAAGCAGAUUGGGCCAGAUGUCCUGAGACUUCUCUUCAUUCUCCUUGCUGCACCAAAGGAGUUCCAUACUGCUGUUGGAAAAGGGUGCCUAGAGAGGUUUUUGUCAAAACCUGGGCAUGGUUUUGGUUGUAGUUCCGUGGGUUCAGAGGCCCCCAGAGAGCCCGUUUUUGUUGGUUCCAGUGGCUCUUUCAGAGGGUGGGGAAACACCUAGGGUAGUCUCAAUGUGGUUGUGGGAGUUGGGGGUAAAGACGUUAGCGAAGUAUAUAUUGAAAUAUCCAAUUCACAUGCAGCCGGGCCCUAGGUUUGUCUUCCUUAUUUUCACGGUAACAUUGGGUCUCCACUGGGUCAGCACCAAGAUACCCUCAUGGAGCUCAGUACCUGAGCCUCAAAAGUUUAUCUUCCAAAAAUCCACAGCAAAGGGUGAUGUUAGCAGUUACAACACUGGACUGGAAAGAUGAGUUCAUGGGGGUUGAAGCAGACUGAAAGAAUGUUCCAGGCCAAGAUUACAGCAGAUGACAACCACAGAGGUAACUGAUUGUAAGACAAAUAACCCAGCCACCUCCUAGACCUAGAACAUGGGCUGCCUGGCAGGGAGGAGUGGGGCUGGAAAUCAGUCAGGAUCAGAAUGUGGAAAGCUACGUAACGAGUGUAUAAAGGUCAGGGAUGGUGUUCCCAUUUAUUGGUACAUACGGAGGGGACUGGAUGGAAAGGUGAACAAAGGCUGAAGUUUUUUUUUUUUUUUUAAUGACCUUUCACUUGUAUUAGGCCUUAUUUCUAUCAAUUUGAUUGCCAUUUUAAUAAAUUUAAUGUUUUUAUAGCUUUAA